AAACAAGGUUGGACUUCUCGCGGAGAUUCCGGGCUUUGUGACGUCACGGCGGCGGCGGCGUUUCCAAGCGUGGCCACGCCCCGAGCAAGAGAGCUAUCACUCAAACGCGUGAACUGCUUAAGCAGUGAGGGAGCUCGCGUAACCCCUGUUGCAGACAGAUGCCUCCCCCCUUAUUUAAGCAGCAGGCCCCAGUCUAGAGUCUCCCACUUUCCCAUCCGGUCGGCUUCCUACCCGGUGUGGGAGAGUAUUAUUGUUUCCAUUUCACAGAUGGGGAAACUGAGGCUUGGGAAUGAAAUCACUUGCUCAAGGUGGUCACAGCAGAGUCUAGAUUCAUUGAAAAAAGACAGAAUGUGUAAGCCCCCUGAAGGCGGGCACCUUGCAUUGCUCACUGCCUGGCACAUAGUAGGUGCUCAACAAAUAUGUGGUGAGGGGAUACGAAACCAGAAACUCGGACCCCUUCCCUGUCUCAGGCACAAGGUUCCACUCUUAGGUUUCACCUGCUUCAAAUUUGUACAAAACCUCUGCUUACACAAACUGAAAUUCUGGCUGGGGAGCACCAACGGAACCUCAUGGGAGAGUGGGGUCUUCUGCCACAAAUUCCAGGCCCAGGGACACAAUCCCAGUCCCGCCGCACCACCCACCCCUGACCUGGUCCGUAAUGUUUUCCCUCAAAAUACACCCAGAACCCAUGUCUCCCUCCUGAGGGGGUCAACCUCAGUCUAGAAGAGAAUUUUCAUCUGAAUCUGAGGUGGAGAUUGACACUGGCCAUUUGACCAUUCUCUCGCCAGCGCCCAGGGAUCGGGGGCCACUCCCUCCUCACUGGAGGUCCAUCCACUUAAAGCCACACUUCCAGACCCCCAGCUCUAUUCACAGCUCCGGAGUCCUGACUCCUAGCUCACACCUUCCCAGGUACCCUGGAGUCUCAGCCCCGACCCCUUCCAAGAUCCUAGCCAUCUCCUUUCGGGGGAGGGGCGUGGUGCCCAUGACUUAGGCCCCUGACUACCACCAGCCCACUGAGGCCCUGGAGUCCAGGCCCAGCUCCUACUCUCCAAACAUUUAGGAAUCCCAGCUUCAGCCUCUAUGGGACCCUGGCUCCCCAGGCUCCAGCCCAACAGGGACCUAGGAAUCGGGGAGGGGUGUGUGUGUGGCCCUUCAGCAUGGGGUCAGCUGAGCCAGAGGUCAGGCUGUGGUGGGGAGGCCAAGAGGGGCGGGGUCAGCCGGGAUUGGGAGGGGAGGCAGCCGCGUGGGCGGCUGGCAGACGGAGGGAAGGACCCGCAGAGAGGAAAGAGAAACUGGGAGAGCGGGGAAGAGAGAAAGUCAGAAGGGAAAUCUGAGCGAGGAGGAAACAGUAGACGUGGAGGGCCACGGAGAAAGAGAAAGAGAUUGAGUGUACGGGAGAGAGAGAGACAAGGGGGAACAGAGAGGGAGAGAGCGAGAGCGAGAGCGAGAGAGCGAGAGCGAGAGACAGAGAGAGCGAGAGAAAGAGAGAGAGAGAGCGAGAGAGAGAGAACGGGAUGGAGACUUAAAGAAGAGACUCCAUGAGUCCCAGAAAAAGAUUUGGACAGAACCAGAAAGAUUGGGAGAGAAAGUGAUAUGGGGGUGGGGAUGCUGCCGAGGAGGGAAUGAGUAAGAGAGAGAUUGGAAGAGACAGAGAUUAGAGAGUGAGAGAGACAGAAGGUGAGACUGGAGAGAGAGACAGUAUAAGAGGAAGGUAGAGCGUGAGAGGAAGACUCACUAUCAGAGACAAAGAGACAAAAGGGUGUGAAUGAGCAGGUGAGAACUGAGGGCUAUGAGAGUCAUCCCCUAAGGGGCAGAGGAGGAGGGGGACUGUGCCUGGGUGUCCCAGGUUCCACGCUGCCCUCUUGGGCUCUCUGUCCUUGGGACCCCAGAGCUGCCCUUGAUGGAGGAAGGCAGACCUCGGAGCAGCCUCAGCCUGGCCAGCAGCGCCUCUACCAUCUCCUCGCUUGGCAGCCUGAGCACCAAGAAGUCCACCCGGGCGGUAAGCAAGGUGCAUGCCUUCGGGAAGAGGGGCAAUGCGCUCAGAAGGGACCCUAACCUCCCCGUGCACAUCCGAGGCUGGCUUCAUAAGCAGGACAGCUCCGGGCUCCGGCUCUGGAAACGCCGCUGGUUCGUCCUCUCUGGCCAUUGCCUCUUCUAUUACAAGGACAGCCGCGAGGAGAGCGUCCUGGGAAGCGUCCUGCUCCCCAGCUACAGUAUCAGGCCAGAUGGUCCAGGAGCCCCCCGAGGGCGGCGCUUCACCUUCACCGCGGAGCACGCGGGCAUGAGGACCUACGUUCUGGCGGCUGACACGCUAGAAGACCUGAGGGGCUGGCUACGGGCACUGGGGCGGGCCUCCCGCGCGGAGGGGGACGAUUGUGGGCAACCCAGGUCAUCUGCACGUCCCCAGACUGGGGAGGGCCCUGGCGGCCCCGGUGGUCCCCCAGAGGUGAGCAGAGGGGAAGAGGGGCGCGGCUCCGAAUCACCGGAGGUGGCUCGUCUCUCCAGAGGUCGUGGCCGGCUGCUCACCCCCAGCCCCAUGGCUGACCUCCAAUCUGGACCCCGAAUUCGGAGGACAAGGAGCCCAGACCUGUUCACACCCUUCUCUCGCCCUCCCUCCCCUCUGAGCCUCCCGCGGCCCCGUUCUGCUCCUGCACGCAGACCCCCUCCCUCCUCUGGAGACACAGCACCUUCUGCCAGACCCCAUACCCCCUUGAGUCGCAUCGAUGUCCGGCCUCCCCUGGAUUGGGCCCCCCAGCGCCAGACACUCUCCAGGCCCCCCACUCCCCGACGAGGACCCUCCUCCGAGGCUGGGGGAGGAAGGGAUCCCAGGAGUCCCCAGCACUGGAGUCAGGAGGCCAGAACACCGUAUUCCUCCCAGGCCCCCUCUGGUUCCUCCACAUAUCUCCAGCUCCCUCCAAGGCCUCCUGGGACCCGGGCUUCCAUGGUUUUAUUGCCGGGUCCCCCUCUAGACUCAACCUUCCACCAAAGCUUGGAGACAGAUACUCUGUUGACCAAGUUGUGUGGGCAGGACCGGCUCCUGAGGAGGCUGCAGGAGGAGAUAGAUCAGAGGCAGGAGGAGAAGGAGCAGCUAGAAGCAGCCCUGGAAUUGACUCGACAGCAGCUGGGCCAAACAACCAGGGAGGCUGCAGCUCCUGGGAGGGCUUGGGGGCGCCAGCGCCUCCUGCAGGACCGACUAGUCAGUGUGAGGGCCGCUCUUUGUCACCUGACCCAGGAGCGAGAGCGGGUUUGGGACACGUACAACAGCCUGGAACAGGAGCUGAGCACCUUGAGAGAGACCCUUGAGUACCUGCUGCACCUCGGGUCCCCCCAGGACAGAGCAUCUGCUCAACAACAGCUGUGGAUGGUGGAAGACACACUGGCAGGUCUGGGGGGCCCCCAGAAACCACCCCACCACACUGACCCUGACUCCCCAUCCCCUGCACUCCAAGGCAAGGAGUCCUCAGAGAGGGAGAGCCUGCCUGAGUCCUUGGAACUGAGCCUACCCCGGUCCCCUGAGGCUGACUGGGGGCGGCCCCCAGGGGGCGACAGAGAGCUUGCCAGCCCUCGGUCAGGUCUUGGAUCUCCAAGGGUCUCCCGGGCUUCCAGCCCUGAGGGUCGCCGCCCCCCUUCCCCACAGCCAGGAACCAAGGUCCCUCUGGCCCGGCCCCGGAUGAGUGCUCAGGAGCAACUGGAGAGAAUGCGCAGACACCAGGAGUACGGUCGGCCUCUCCCUCGCCCAGCCUCCCCCCGGCUCCUCACUCUGGGGAGGACACUGUCCCCAGCCGGACGCCAGCCUGACGCAGAACAAAAACCUGUCUUGGGACACUCAGGAGCCCAGAAAUGGCUUAGAAGCUCGGGGUCCUGGAGCAGUCCAAGGAACACCACCCCUUAUUUGCCGACAUCCGAAGGGCACCGGGAGCGAGUUCUCAGCCUCUCUCAAGCCCUGGCCACUGAGGCGUCGCAGUGGCACAGAAUGAUGACAGGUGGAAAUUUGGAGUCUCGAGGAGACCCUCUUCCCCCAGCCCCGCCGCCUCCGUCAGAGCCCCCGCCCCAGGUGUCCUCCCCCCCAAGAUCUCCUCCAGCUGCCAAUUCCCGCUCCUUGGGGUUCUCCCGCAGAGGUAGUGGGCGCGGCGCAGGCCCCGCCUCCUGGGAGCCGACGUGGGAUUCCGGGAUCGCCCCUCCCGCCCUAACCCAAGACGAGGGGGCGUGGCCUCUUCGAGUCACUCUGCUGCAGUCUAGCUUCUGACCCGCCUAAACGUAGCAACCAAUCAGAGAGUGAGGGCGUGGCCUGGAGGUACCCCCUGGAGAUCUGGAGCCUCUCCAGGAACCUGGGGGCGUGAUCUGGUCCCCUCAGGUGGCCUAGAAGGGGAGGGGUUUCUAUGGCCAAAGUUUGAUUUUCCCAACACUUGUCCAGAUUUGGAUUAAAACUUUGAACUUUUA